CACGGAGUACUAAGUUCAUAUCUGAAUUUAUAUCAUACCAUGAUAAAGUUACAUAUAAAGCAUGAAGUAGUGUAUACAUUUUGAGUUUGGAUAUAUAAAAUAUGACUUCAAAGUGCAGCAUCGAUUCGAAAAUCCGUAUUUUACUAGUUGGAAGGACGGGCCAUGGGAAAAGUUCAACUGCAAAUUCAAUCCUCGGCGAAGAAAAAUUUGAAGCGUCUUUUUCAGCGUCAUCAGUUACUAAAACCUCAGCCUGGUCAGGGAUAGUAAAUCGAUAUGGAAUCUAUUGAAGUCGUCGACACACCAGGCACAUUUGAUACUCAUCGACCAGCGCAUGAGAUCCAAAAGGAACUCAUUAGAUCUCUAGUCUUUAUGACACCAGGCUUCCAUGCAAUUGUUUUUGUUCUUGAAAUAGGUAGAUUUACAGAAGAGCUUGAAAAAACAAAGGAUUUAUUUUUUGAUUGGUUUGGACAUGGGGUUGAGAAAUAUGCAUGCAUUAUACUUACAAAAACAGAGGAUAAAAAAACAAUGGAUAAAUAUUUAUCUACAGAUACCACAGAUGGUUUAUCAGAAUUGAUCAAGCGCUGUGGCGGGAAACGUAGGGUAGCAUAUAUCAAUAACAAGGCUGAUAAAAUAUUAAAGGAAAUACAGGUUAAACAAAUUUUAGAGCUGAUUGAAGAUAUCAAACAAAGCAACAAUAAUACUCAUUUUUCAAAUGUUGCAUUUGAAUUAGCAACAUCGUAUGCCUACAACAAAAGUCCAGAUCGAAUAACACAGGAUUCAAUACACAUUUUGCAAAAAGCUGGGGUGCAGAUGAAAUUAUCAGACAAGGAAUGCAAGAUGUUAGAUAAAGUAUUUGAAAUAGAAGGUAAAUCUGGCGACCCAGGCACUGGAUCCGACUUUGUCGAGCAAAAACCACGAGUACCAAGAAGUCAGAGGACAGUUGAUCUUAAUACUGUAUGCUUUACACCUAUGACUCAACAUGUUCGUCAGGCACAGUCGACCAGGAAUACCAAUAACUCAACGUGUUCGUCAGACACAGAAGACCGGAAAAACCAAUAUGUUGAUGACGGAACUGAAGACACUGACCCUUUAAAUGAAUUAAAGGAUGACAUUAAUAAAGGUCGAAAGAACGAGGAAAAUUUUUUCAAACAUUUAAAAGAUGCAUUUAUUUUAGGCAAGAGGAAGUUUAAGUGUACUUUACUUUAACUUUUUGCUACCUUAAUGAUCAUGGAAUUUUACCAUCAUAUGAUUGAAAUAUUGGGCAUGGGAAAUGUGUAUCUACUAACCAUGAUGUCUCUUAUAGAAGCAAUGUAGUGUCUUAAAUUUCAAACAUAUCUUAAAUCAAACAUGAAUUCUGUAAGAUAGCUAUGCAAGUUUGUUAACUGUUUUAAGUAUUUCACAUGCGGGAACCUUAAGUGUGAUGUCACCCGAAUAUAAAUUUAUCCGACCAUUGGCAAAAUGUUAUAGAAUUAAAACAUGAACCCCUUGUUUAUUACGGUAUUUUUGUGUUCGUGAUGAAAUUAAGAAAAAAUUGUUUGGAACAAUUUGUAUUAUAUAAUUUCGAUUUUAUGCUAAAAUGUAAGUUACAUUCCCAACAGCGUUUGUUUAUGCACAUUUGUGGGGAUCUCGACCAAAUAUCAACAUGUUUCAAUUAAACUUUGACUCACUAUUUAAUGUUUAAAAUACAUAAGAAAGACAACAAACACAGGUACAUUCAUUGAGAUGUGACAGUUAAAAUGAGGUAAACCUUCAAUAAAAAGUGAUAAAAUUAGUACAACUUGUUGCUGGCCUCUAUGUUGCAAGUACAGUGCUCCCUCUCUACAACAACACCCUUUUGGAGACGGAAAAUUUGGUUGUUGUUCUGUUUUGAGGGAGUUGUUGUAGAGAGGUAAAACAAAGAAAACCAAGCAUAUUUUUGAGUCAGUAGUUAGUGUUCUUUCAGGUAGGGAUUUUUGUUCAGAGGGCCUCUGUACGGAGGGAGCACUGUAUGUCUAUGUUCGAUAUUAAAUAAUUUCGCAUUUAAUUUAGUAGGUUAGUCGAUAUGUAUCGAGAAAUAUUCAGUUCUGCUUGGGAAAUACGCGCGAGUUUAGUGGCGAAAAAUUAAUCUGAAAGAACACGUGGAUAUUUCUUGGUGCAAAGCUUAUAUUUUUGUUGCAUAUUAAUUUUCACUUCUAAGUGAAGUACAUUUUGUUUGUCUGACUGAGUAAAAUAAAAACAAGUGUUAACGUU